CAAUGAGAGAGCAGGUCGCCGGAGUAUCUGGGCAGAUCGGGACCGCUCCAGCCAUUCAGAAAAAAGAAAAUAAAGUAGCGCUCUAGCCCGCUGGGCCAGGACCGUGGGGCUGGGCUCGAGUGAAGGUGGCUACGAGUUUUCCACAUUUAGAAGCCGGCAGAAAGGUGGGACAGACAGAAUGGAGAUGGCAGAGAUCUCUUUGGGUAGAUGUGGGCCUGGAGAAGUAAUGGGCCCUCAUGCGGGGAUGGCAGAAGAUGAACCCAAUGCCAAGAGCCCGAAGACUGGGGGAAGGGCCUCCUCAGGUAGUGCUGAGGCGGGAGAACCCACCACCCUUCUUCAGAGGCUCCGAGGUACCAUUUCCAAGGCCGUGCAGAACAAAGUCGAGGGAAUCCUGCAAGACAUACAGAAAUUCUCAGACAACGACAAGCUGUAUCUCUAUCUUCAGCUCCCCUCAGGGCCCAGUACUGGAGACAAAAGCUCAGAGCCAAGUACACUCAGCAAUGAGGAGUACAUGUAUGCCUAUAGAUGGAUCCGCAACCACCUAGAAGAGCAUACUGACACCUGUUUGCCAAAGCAAAGUGUUUAUGAUGCCUAUCGGAAGUACUGUGAGAGCCUCGCCUGUUGCCGCCCACUCAGCACAGCCAACUUUGGCAAAAUCAUCAGAGAGAUCUUCCCUGAUAUCAAGGCCCGAAGGCUUGGUGGCCGGGGCCAGUCCAAAUAUUGCUACAGUGGGAUACGAAGGAAGACCUUGGUAUCUAUGCCACCCUUGCCUGGACUUGACCUGAAGGGUUCUGACAGUCCAGAAAUGGGCCCAGAAGUAACCCCAGCACCUCGGGAUGAGCUGGUGGAGGCUGCCUGUGCUCUGACCUGUGACUGGGCAGAACGAAUCCUGAAACGGUCCUUCAGUUCCAUCGUUGAGGUCGCCCGCUUCCUGCUGCAGCAGCAUCUCAUCUCUGCCCGAUCUGCACAUGCCCAUGUGCUCAAGGCGAUGGGGCUUGCUGAAGACGACGAACAUGCCCCUCGGGAGCGGUCAUCUAAAUCCAAGAAUGGUGUAGAGAGCCUAGAAGGUGGAGCCCAGAAGAAACCAGAGAGACCAGCCCAGCCUCUUAAGGAGAUGGAACCCCGGGCUGGGGCUGGCCCCGCUGCACGCAGUGAGCGGAAGAAGAGUGUAGUGGAGAGCCCAGCCCCAGCAGCCAAUAACCCACAGGUUAAUGCCCUGGUGGCCCGGCUGCCUCUGCUCCUUCCUCGGGCCCCUCGCUCACUUAUCUCGCCAAUUCGAGUCUCUCCACCCAUCCUGGCCCCCAAGCUUUCUUCGGGCCCUCUGAAAGUGGCUACACUGCCUCUGCCCAGUAGGGCUGGGGGACCCCAGGCAGCUAUGCCCUUCAUUAACAUGAUCUUACCGACUGUUCCUGCUUUGCCUGGACCUGGAUCUGGACCCGGACCCGGGCCUGGGCAAGCCCUGCCUGGGGUGCUCGCUCAGCCGCGGGUCACAGAGAACAGGGAAUUAGGCAUAGGUGGUGACCCGGGACCCCAUGACAAGGGUGUCAAGAGGACAGCUGAAGUACCUGUGUGUGAGGCCAUUGGGAAGGAUCCACUGGCUAAAGCAGCAAAGCAGGAUAUAGAGGAUACAGGAAGCGAUGCCAAAAGGAAACGGGGGCGCCCUCGAAAAAAAUUAGGUGGAAGUAGGGAAAGGAACUCUCCCCCUGACAAAUCAGCAGCUGCCAUGGACUCUGCCCCAUCCUCACGGUUACCGCGGGAGACAUGGGCCUCUGGAGUGGGGAGCAGCUCAGCUGGACGGUCAGGGAGGCCAGGGCCACUGGGACAGGCUGAGAAGGGGAUGGUGCUUGUCCAGGGUCAGGAGGAUGGCACUGUGUCCAAAGGGGGAAGGGGCCCCAGUGCCCAACAUGCCAAAGAAGCAGAAGAUAAAAUGCCUGUGGUCACCUCAAAAGUGAGUGUCAUCAAGGGCAGUAGAAGCCAGGAGUCUCUUCACUUGGUAAAGGAAGAGGUAGAUACUGCAGCACAGGGUAAUAAAGACUUAAAGGGGUAUGUGCUUCCAAGUUCCUUAUUCCACGUAGGGAAAGACCCCAAAGCAGCUCCCCCGUGAUAAGUAUGUGCGGAAGAGUGUUUAUACUCAUGUUAGCUCUACCUGCCUAGCAGGGGCCCUUCUCUGCACUUGCUUCUUGUUUGGCUCUUCUUUUCCUAAGGAAUUCAUUCUCAUGUACAGACAGCUGAUGCACCCUGUUUUCCUACACAGUAUCUGGCUCCUGCCUCUGACCUUUCCAGCUCAGUAACCUUGGCUUUAGAGUCAUUGACAAAUCUGUUGCCACUGUCUAACCUGGACCUCUAUGCUAUCCUGUGGGAAGAUUAGGAAUGGAGUAAGUAUGAUGAAUGUAUAGGCUAGGAUUCUGUUGGUUUUAAGUCGUUAAAAGAAAAAAAAAAAAGCACCUAACUCAGACUGGCUUAAAGACUUACUGGCUCACAUACUGGAAAGUCCAGAGGUAGUACUGGCUCCAGGAAAAGCUGAUGCAGUAGCUCAGUGUGUCUCUAAAACCUGAUUGAUUUUCCCCCUUGCUACCUUCUGUAGAAUCAUCUUAAAUCUGGGCCACCUAGUGGCUGCCAGAACUCCUGGAAUUAUACAUUUUCUCCUUUACAAUCAACCAGAAAGGGAGGGCGGAGGGGCGUCUUUAUGCCAGGAAUCCUAGCAUGCCUUAAGAUUAACUCUGAUUAGGCCAGCCUGGGUCACAUGCCGACCCCUAACCAAUUACUGUGGCCAGAAGGAUGAUGUAUGCUAAUUUGCUCAUUUGCAUCAGGGAAAGGCUGGGAUCAGCCUCCUUAGAAUCGUAUAGGUCUCCAAAUAGGAACUGAUUUGGGCAGUUCCUGGGGAGGUUGCUGACACCUGGCCAACACUAGGAAGUAUAUGUGGUUUUGGCUGGCUAGGUUGGGAUCAGCUACACCUGUUUCCUUUUUCUCUCACCAUCUUGCAUUUUUCCUUACUGCAGCUGUAACCUCUUUCCUCUUGUAGGCUCAGAAGGAACGAGAGGGAAGUCACUCUCCUUUAGGGACUAUCUCUUUAGUCUCAUUUAGAUGACAAUCCCUACAUUUCAGAGAUGGGGAGCCUUCCCUUUCCUGUUUCUGAAUGGUCGUUUUCUCAUUCUGCCUCCCUGUCCCUGACCCUACUGCCACUUUGAGCAAGUGGAGUGGAAGAUUUACUUCCUAGUCAUUUUAUUAAAUCCAUUCUGUAUCCACCAGGUGUCAGUCUCUUGUCAUACACUUUUCAGGCUUUAGCCAGGAUUGUGGGGUUUAGUUUAGGUGUAUGGCAGGAGGUAGCUCUGCACAUCAGCGAGCACCAGUAAGAAGGGAAUCCAGAUGUUAUCCUUUGGAAAAGGAGUAAACCAACCAGUAUUUACUGAGGACCUACUUUGUCUUCUGCAUAAGAGUAGCUUCUGUCAGGGAAUCUUGGUUCUGCCAAGGAAACAGAUUUUCUUUCAGGGAGACUUCAUUUGUUUCCACCACAGCAGAUUUUUAAAAAUUAUAUGUAAUAUUUGGUAUCUAUAAAGAAUAUAUUUAACAUGAAUAAAUUAUGAAACAUAAUGUUAAAUGAAUACCUUUGACCUAUCACCCAAACUUAUACAUUAAAACCUUAGAAAUACCA